AAGCAGGGAAACUCAGGAUCGGGAAACGGGAAUCCUCUGCUGCCGCGAAAAAUGAGGAAAGAAAAUGAGGAAAACGAUUACUACCCCUAGUAGCAGGAAUACCUAUCGUCGACCAUCCAAUCAACUUACGGUACGGUGUGUAAAACCUUGCCUGGGAGGAGUGAUUUGUGUAAUUUGGUGAAGUGAAAAUGAACUGAUAACGUACUGCGACUCAUCUUUUCCGUGGCCCGUCUGAGAAACCGUGAUAUGGUAUCUUUUUAUUUGCGUAUCGUGUACGAAUUACUGUGAAAAGCGACAAAAACAACCGAACGUAACGAACAAUCAAAGCAGGCAGCAGGCUACCUAAAGCUGUUGUUGAUUAGCGUUUUUCGGUGAUACCACUUCCAGUGAAAGUUCUCUUUACCCCAAAGUAUGUCCUGAAAUGGGGAAACAACUAUGCGAACCAGAUUACGGCACCAGCGAUAAGUCGAACGACAAUCGCGAACCUUCAAAAGAUGAUACGAUGAAAACAAAGGAGCAAAAGACAAAAUGUGAAGAAAACAAGAGAAAAUAACCUUUCCGGUGGCUAAGAAUACGCGCUCGUUUUAGAAACAAAACAAAAAAAACAAUCCCACACUUACGCCACCCCAUGCGUCGAGCUGCAAUCAAGAAACGCAAAUUGUUUUUGCGAUGAACGCUGACCGAUAGAAAAUAGAAAACUGUUCGAUUGUUAUCGUUUUCGGUCUCCCUUCGGUAAUCCUUUUGAAGGACUUGGGGAAGCUAAGCGCGAAGAUGAUAAUCCGCUUCGCUAUCGGAACAACAACAACAGCACAAGCGUUUCAUCCUACCACAAUUCCGCUGGUCUGUUUGCUGCUGCUCAGUGCUUGUACAAAUGUCGUGUCACCUAGUUUUAGUAGUAACGGAACUGCUACGGCUAAUGUGUCAGUAAAUUAUGCUAGUAAUAAUGCCUACUAUAAUGCACCACCACCGUCUCCUUCAACCGACGGUGGCACGAGCGGGUUAAAAUACAAUAGCUCUACCGCAGGAGACGGUACGGUUGAGGAAGCGGCCAGCAAAGGCCGUAAUGGGUCAUUUGGGGUCCCAACACCAUGCUGUGAUACUAAUGGUACUGACCCGUCGGUUGGGAAAAGUCCGGCUCCCGACGGGAACCAAUCGCAACGAGUGGUGAUAGAAUUUUCCACCAACAUCGUCCAAAACGAGUACAUCAUCCAGUUCAAUGGGUACUACAAGCAAAGGGAGCGGGAAAACUUUAUCCAGUCCGCCCUGAACGGAUCGAAGGUACAAAAAUGGCGCAUCUUGCCGAGAAACAAUCCUGCCCGGGAUUUUCCCAGCGACUUUGACGUACUUGCCCUUGAGGAACCGGUAGAGUUUGCCGACGAUGGUUUGAUACUGCUGCGAUCGCAUCCCUCGAUCAAAAGUAUAUCGCCCCAGCGGAUGGUUCAACGUGCGCUCAAGUACGUGCCGGUGCAUCAGUCGAAGGUGGAACAACAACAGGAGGAGGAAAAUGAGGAACCUAACGAACCUAACGAGCCGGAACUCGAAUUGGACGACGAGGAAACGAACGAUUUUAUCGAGUUUUUUCGCCAACGACGACUAACGACAGAAGAUGCAUCGGUUCAGCCACCGAAUCGUCAUAGCAACCGGAGGCUACUGCGUGCGAUUCCGCGCCAAAUUACAUCGCUACUGAAGGCGGACGUACUCUGGGACAUGGGCAUCACCGGGAAGGGUGUCAAAGUGGCCGUGUUCGACACGGGGCUCGCAAAGUCGCACCCGCACUUCAAACGCAUCAAGGAGCGCACGAACUGGACGAACGAGAAAACAUUGGACGAUGGCGUAAGCCACGGUACCUUCGUGGCCGGUGUGAUUGCCUCCGCGAAAGAGUGUCUCGGAUUUGCGCCGGAUGCGGAACUGCACAUUUUUCGCGUCUUCACCGACAGCCAGGUGUCGUACACGUCGUGGUUUCUGGAUGCGUUCAACUACGCCAUCCUGAAGAAGAUUAAUGUACUCAAUCUGAGCAUCGGCGGGCCGGACUUUCUUGAUCAACCGUUCGUGGACAAGGUGCUGGAGCUAUCGGCGAACCGGGUCAUCAUGGUUUCGGCGAUCGGCAACGAUGGGCCGCUGUAUGGGACUCUGAACAAUCCCGGCGACCAGAUGGACGUCAUCGGGGUGGGUGGUAUGGACUACGCGGACAAUGUGGCCAAGUUUAGCUCGCGCGGUAUGACCACCUGGGAGCUGCCGGGUGGGUAUGGCCGGCUUAAACCCGACAUCGUCACCUACGGCAGUCAGGUGAAAGGAAGCAAUCUGAACGGUGGAUGUAAGUCGCUGUCGGGGACAUCCGUCGCUUCGCCGAUGGUAGCGGGCGCGGUUACUCUGAUCGCAAGCGGCGUUUUGGAUCGACUGGACGAGCUUAAUCCGGCCUCGAUGAAGCAGGCACUUAUCGAGGGUGCCCAGCGGCUCCAGGACAACAACAUGUUCGAGCAGGGUCAUGGCAAAUUGAACAUCCUCCGAAGCAUGCGCCUGCUGUCGACGUACCGCCCGAAGGUGACACUAUCGCCAGCCUACCUCGAUUUCACCGAGGACUACAUGUGGCCGUACACAACCCAAAGCCUCUACUUCAGCGCGAUGCCGGCCAUCGCGAACGUCACCAUUCUGAACGGGAUGGGUGUGACCGGGCGGGUCAUCAACCAGCCAACCUGGCACCCGUACAGCAACGAACACGGCGAACUGCUGAAUAUCUCGAUCAGCUACUCCGAGCACCUGUGGCCCUGGUCUGGCUGGAUGGCGGUCCACAUUGGCGUCAACGAAGCGGGCCGAAGGUUCGAAGGCACUGCCCAGGGUCACAUAACACUUACCGUGCAAAGUCCCCCCGGUCCGAACGAAACAGAACCCCGCAAUGGAACGGUCAGCUUCCCGCUGAAGGUACGCAUCAUCGCUCAGCCUCCGCGCCAGAAGCGAAUCCUCUGGGAUCAGUACCACAGCCUAAGGUACCCGCCGGGGUAUCUACCGCGCGAUAAUCUCAAAAUCAAAUCCGACCCACUGGAUUGGCGGGCGGACCACGUGCACACAAACUUUCGUGACAUGUACACGCACCUCCGAAACGCUGGCUACUACGUGGAGGUGCUAGGGGUGCCGUAUACCUGCUUCAACGCGACCCACUACGGAACGCUGCUGGUGGUGGACCCGGAGGAGGAGUUCUUCCCGGAGGAGAUCACAAAGCUGCGUGAGGACGUGCUGGAGCGCGAGCUGGGCGUGAUCGUGUUCGCCGACUGGUACAACACGUCCGUCAUGCGAAAGAUCAAGUUCUACGACGAAAACACACGCCAAUGGUGGAUGCCGGACACGGGUGGUGCGAACGUACCCGCACUGAACGAGCUGUUGCGCGGAUUUGGCAUCGCACUGGGUGACCGUGUGGCCGAUGGGUACUUUAGUAUGCACAACCAUCGCAUGUACUACGCGUCCGGGGCGAACAUUGUGCGGUUUCCGGUCGGCGAGGGUACAAUACUGGUCGAGCGCGAUCUACUGGACGAAGGGCUCGGUAUUGCGCAACCGGACGAGGCUCGAUCGAAGGUGCGAACGCCAACGGCCAUUCUCGGAAUGCUGCAGACGGAUCGGCGAAUGUUCGCAAGGCUUCAACCGGCCACACCAAACCCCGAGGAGCAACUCGAACCCAUCCGGGGGGAAGAUGACGUCGUCCAGUCGGCAAUCGAUCGCGAUUCAAUCUUAAACAAACGAAUUUUGUUGAACGUGCAUUCGCUUGGCGGUGGAGACGAAGAUGAUGAUGGGGUGCCGAACGAGGGUGGUGAGUUUCGUGAGGAUCCACCGGUUGGCAAUCAUCUAGAGGACGAUCCGGCUGAUCAGCACCUGCUGAUUGACGAACCGACGAACGACAACACCGGUGGCGGUGGUGGUGAUGACACCGGAGGAGGUGAUUCCCUGAAAACGGAAGAACUCGCUCGAUUGCGCGAGGGUACAAAGCCAACCAACUUUACCACGAAGGGGGCGAAAGGACUCGGUGCGUCACCAUCAUCCGUCGAUGGUGGUUCUGGCACAACCGCUAGCAGUGGACGGAUUGCUGUUUACGGUGACUCGAACUGUCUCGACUCAACACACCUGGAGAAGCCAUGCUUCUGGCUGUUGGACUCGCUGCUCGAGUACACGAUGACUGCACACGUCACGAAUGAACUGCGAGAACUCAACAGUAGCAGGAAGUCGGAGAUACUGGAAGAAAAUCAAAAACCACCCCAGCGUAUGCCCAACAACAACCUACACCUCUACUCGAAGGUCCUCGUACCGCACACGACCACCUUCCAGAAGCGACCGCUUCCGGCUUGCGAACGUCUAACCUGGGAGCAACCGAUUACGCUCAACAUGUCCACCCUGAACGGCUACGGGCCGAACGAUCGGAUACUCCUGCAGCAGCGUUUGCUCGAACAGGAGCUCCAGCAGCAGCAGGAGGCGCAACUCCAGCAGAAGGUCCAACAGCGGCAGCUUAAGCAAGGGGGCGUAGUGCAACCGGGGGCUGGCGGCGGCGUAUUCGGCAACGAGCUGGACGACAACGUUAACCUUUUCCGUAAGUUGGAAAGUCAGAAAGCCGCGUCCGUGCUGAGCGCCAACGACGAACCGGACGUGCCCGGCUGGAGGAACAAGAAGACGGAUAAAAUUCCACCCAACGCACCACCGAACAGUUUCAUCAGCCCGUCGGUGAAUCAUCUGCGGGGACCACCGACGGCCGGUACUCCGAUCGUGCCGCUCGUCGAUCACCAAGCACUACCGGCCGGAAGAUCGCCGGACGAGUUGACCGGCGGAAGAAAUCGACCACCGCCAUACGGUGCGAAGGACCUGUCCGGUUCCGGGCCCUCCACCGUACUCUACUGGUUGACGUCGAAGGGCGUUCUGCUGCUGGCCCUACUCGCUCUGCUGGGCCUACUGAACUGGUUGCGGAAGACGAAGGGACUUACGAUAAAGCGAAGACUUAACUACGUUUUCAAGAAGAUAGGCUUCUAGGUAUUCCCAGCCCAAUUGAGAAAAAGUACGAAGUGGGCCACAACAUUCGGAACCAAAAAUCUUAAUUCGCAAGGGAAUUCAUAAGAGAGAUUUUCGAAGAAGAUUUCGAAAUACAAAAUUCAAAGACAAUUUUCGCUCCUUGCUUCCCAGUUUGUUAAUUUUUUUUAGGAAAAAGGAGCGGAUUUUUACGCCCUCGGUAUUGAAGGUUCCGUUGAUAUGCAUAUAGAAACUCUCAAAUCGUGACUUCAGAGUCGAAAAAUGAUGUUGUUUACUUUAGUUUUGCUUUAGACAGGUUUUUUUCCGUGGUUAGCUUCGUUUCGUUAUUUUUGUUGUACUCUAUUAACUCCUUCACUAACCGGUGCGGUGUUGAGCAGCCUCACAAUGGAGGUUUUACUGAAGGUCGAUGCGAAUAAGCUAGAGAGAAUGCAAAGAAUCAUAGUUGCUUGUAAGUGAGACUUUAUUAAAGCAUCAUUAUAUUGGCAUAGAAGAGGAGUACAACAGCAGAAAAGACUCUAAAAGAUAAAAUAGCACCCUAAAGUUUCGUUAAGUUGUACCGGUGUAUAGCAAAGAUUACAUACAUUAUGUUAAUCCGCAUUGGGGUCCACAGUUUCUUCGUUUGGUGGGAAAAGGUGGAAUCUUACUCGCAUCGGGUGCGAGGAUGGGUGAUGAAACUAAAUAAAGUGAAAAAUAUAUGUAUAUUUUUUAUAACUAAAAA